AGUCCAAAGUUAAAAAGAGAAAUUGCAAUUGGUGAACAUGCACGGUUUACCAAUACAUGCCUGAUUGCACUGCAAUUGCAAAAGGAAAGGAAAUUUAUCAUCUGUUAAAAAAUGAUGCUCAAGAUUAGGAUUAUCUUUCUUGGUUUAUUCUUGGUUUGCUGUUUAAUCCAAGUCUGUUCCAGAAAAGUUAUCAUGAAUGGAUUUCAAUCACAUGGAUCAAACGUUUGCAGAAAAACGAUCAUAGUAAAUGAGCCUGUUUCCGUUUUUAAAGUGUCUCAUUUCAGAGACAACAGACAGACCUCAUGUGGGAUUUUUGGCUUAUGGCGUUGCACUAAAAGCAGGAUAGCAACAAGGUCCAAGUACGUUAUUCAAACAGUAGCAAAACCAGUUGACAGUCUUUACUGUUGUUAUGGAUGGAAAGCAACUGUUUUCGGCAACUCAAAAAUCUGCAAUAAACCUAUUUGUAGGCAUGGAUGCAAACAUGGAAAAUGCGUUGGGGCAGACAAAUGUAAAUGCUUUUCUGGAUGGUCAGGUUAUAUGUGUGAAAGAGAUGUGAAUGAAUGUUAUCAGUCGAAUGGUAAUUGUCAGCACGUCUGUACUAACACCCCAGGAUCGUAUGUAUGCGGCUGUAGAAAAGGAUACAUUCCAGAUGAAGUUUCCAAGAACAUGUGUAUAGAUUUGGACGAAUGCGCAAACUUUAAAGAACCGCGAUGUGAAUGUGCCAAUGGCCUAACUCCCAAGACUUGUGGAGCAGGAUGUAUGAACACAAUAGGAAACUAUAGAUGUUCAUGUGGAAAGGGCUAUAGACUCAUCCAUUCUACACUUUGUGCAGAUAUCGAUGAGUGUCUCUCGCCAGUUACAAACAACUGCAAACAAAGGUGUUACAAUACAUUAGGGUCCUAUUCAUGUGAUUGCAUGAGAGGCUUAAGACUGUCAGAAGAUGGAACCAAAUGUAAAGACAUUAAUGAGUGUUCAACAAUCAAUGGAGGUUGUUCUCAAAUUUGUCUAAAUGCUUAUGGUACCUUUCGAUGUCGAUGUCGUUUGGGAUUUAAACUACAUACAAAUCGUCGAAGAUGUAUUGAUGUUGAUGAGUGUAGUCUGGUUACCCCUUGCCAAAUGCAGUGUAACAACAUUUUAGGAGGCUACUUUUGCUCGUGCCCAAAAGGAUACGCUUUAAAUAACGACAAAUUUCGCUGCUCAGAUAUCGAUGAAUGCGUCCGUAGCAAUGAUUGCGAGCAGCUGUGCGCGAACACUGUUGGCUCAUACAUCUGCUCGUGUAAACGCGGAUUUCGCUUACAGUCAUCAGGAAAGGUUUGCAUAGAUGUGGAUGAAUGCAAGAAUGGGGCCCACAAAUGUGAUCAAAAUUGCCACAACGUCAUUGGUUCAUACGCCUGCUCUUGUGGGCAUGGUUACAGACUAAAUGCAGAUAAGAGAACUUGUCGAGCACUUCCAUGUGAGUCUAUCGAAAAUCCUGUUCAUGGUAGCAUGAAGUGCAAUGGCUUUUCUACUGGAUCAAAGUGUUUUACAAAGUGUGAUUCUUUAUAUGACUUGUUUGGUUCAAGAGAAAGAACUUGCCUUUCUUCGGGGAAGUGGGAUGGCACAAAAACAGUAUGUAAAGUUAAGCGAUGUACCCAGCUUUCCGCACCAGAGAAUGCCGAGGUUGUUUUACCAUGUAAAAAAGUAUUAAACUCAAGAUGUUCACUGGAAUGUGAAAAAGGGUUGUACAGAAACAAACUUGGUAUAGCAGCAUGUGUGCUUGAUAGUUCGUCGGAGUUUGCGGUCUGGAAUUUGAAUAACUUUACCUGCUCAAAAUUGAAAUUUUGUCAACCCAACCCAUGUCGUCAUGGUGGAAAAUGUGUUGUACAAGGAGAAGAGGGUUUUUUCUGUAACUGUGAAGACACGGGCUUUGAAGGUCCACAGUGUGAAACGGGUAUCAUAACCACGCCCACGUAUCAAAGACUAAAAGUUAAUAAAGAAUCUAAAGCGUAUUAUUUGUAUGCACGGCCCGAGGACAAGUUAACAGUUACAAUCAGAUCAACUCGAGCAAUCUUGGUGAAACCACAAAGUGAGUUACGAAUCUCAAAACUGUCUCGACAGGCAGCAUUCACUCUUACUCCCAAAAAACCAGGGCUGCACAUUAUUGCAUAUACUAUAGACGGUCAAGAUGCAAAGUUUUUUAAGGCUCCAGAGGAGAACACGAUCUUUGUUGGUCCCGAUAGUGUCAGCAAGGAUAACGUAUACAACCGCCUUCAGAUUUCGGAAGGGAAUCUACCAGAAGGUUGUCAUGAGUUGCCAAAAUCUUUGUUCCAAUGCAAUGCACGUCUAACUUCAACUUUUCCUUGGGGUACUCCAAGUGCCACAUCAACUGAAGGUAUAGUUCACUUACGAACUAAGAGCUUGAACAUUCCCAUUUCACUCUUCGGAGCGAGCUUGAAUGAACUUUCUUUUACAAGGGAACAGUUACUUAGUAAGAUCGAAGAAACCUCCCUUCAAAACGUACCAGCUGGUAGUGACUUGUCCUUCGUAAGAGAUGGGAAAUGUCACUCCACUCCUAUGAAAAAAAAUUACUUGUUUGAGUUUAUCCAAAAUGAUGCCUUGCCAAAAAACAUCUUUAAGUCUCUGUCAAGUGUUCUGCCACAGUGGAUUGAGUUGCAGCUUGAUCAAAGUAAUGACGUCUUUGAUGUUACCAACCUAAUGGUCAGUGUAGGUAAACCCAUGAGCGAUGGAUCAGGAAUGUGUGAACAGCUUCCAAUAUCUCCUUCAAGUAUUUUCUUCGAACCUAGCAUAGCAUUCACUACUAAAAUCGGCGAUGAUACAAAAGCGUUCAAAUCAAAAGAGCGUGUCUGCUUGGCCCUUGAUGUCUGUCAAAGUAAAACAUUUGUUGGCCUCUCAUCAAAAGCACGGAAAAAAUUUCAUCAAAUUGAAAUAUUUAGGGACAUGGACAAGUCUGGAUGGAAUUUUAGCAUAUCAAGUCUUGGAAUUCAGGAUCCAUCAGCAAAAGCUAAAGAUAGUCACUUUGACGUAUGGAUGAAGAGCAAAACACAAGUUCGCAUAUCAGGACCUCAAGUCAAAGUUGCUUUUAACAUUUCAGGGAAUAUUUUUAUGAAGUCUGGAUGCGCUAGCGAGCUAUUCUCCAGACAAUUUACCUGUAAACUAUCGGGUUCUGCCAAAGGUAUGAUCCAGAUGAAUACCCUGCUUAAAAUUGGAGAUUCUCAUGAAACAUUAAUGAACUUCAACUCGAAAAUAAUUUCCGGAAAAUUCGUCUUUGGUGGGGAACAAGAAAAGCAGUGCCCUAAAAAACACCAGGGUAUAGAGCUGCAGCUAGAAUCAUCAAAGAAUCCUCUACAAGGUUCAAGACUGUCACCAUUUAUUUUUCCAUUUCGGAAUUCGAAAAGCAACAAAUACGCAAUGGACAUUAAUAUUACCCACAGCAUUAAAGGCGGAGGUAAAACCGACAUACGAAUCCCACCAGGGCUGAUAAUGAAACUGAAGGUUUUGGGAUAUGCUGCUAAGGAGAUCUAUUCAUUAAAUAUCCAUAAUGAGGCGCCCGAAUUAAGUGCAGAUGGAGCAGAACUUCAAAAAUAUGCCAACAGUAUGAAUACUUUGGUAACGAUAGCCAAGUCUAUAAUCAAGAAUAACAGAAUUCUAAAAAACAAGAAAGCAAGGCACUUCGAAAAUAUAGUUAAAAGCUUGAAAAACCAAAUUGAGAAAAUCUUAACAUUGAUGUCGACACUUUCUUUACGCUUAAAGGCAGCAAUAAUAAAAAAUCAACUUGAAGUCCUCAAAAGUGACUUAGACGCUUCCAAGUCGUUAGAUUAUGAUGCCCAGCGAUCCCCUGUCAUUCAAAACUUUAAUGGUAUUUCUAUUGGCAUGUUGUCACAAGUCUGUGUAGGCUGGUUAUGUGUACUGAAUGUGAGGGCAAAGAUAACUGCGAAUAAUGAUGCAACCUCGAACUCUUGCCAAACGAAGAAAAGUAAACUUGCACUACCUAAAAAUAACAUCGUACCAUCUUUGCACUUAUCGCCAUCUAGGAAUGUUCAGCUUGGAAGACUUUUCCAGAUCAAAAAGGGAGAAAUAAUACAAUUGGAUGCACUAAAAAAAAGUAUGCGAUUUAAAGCUAUGGUUACCUUGUUUGGAAUGAAAAAGGUAGUCAUCCUUAACAUUACAAACCAUGAAGUGAAAUUCAGAGCCAAAGGAAAUAUUUUCAACAAGUUCGAAUCAGUGAUAAACGUGACUGCUUAUACCUCAAAGGUUGACGAUUGGGAUUUAUUAGUUUUCAACGCAAGUGGGAAAAUGGGUAAGGGCUCUCAACUUCCGAGGAUGCUGGAAAACUCAAUCAACCAAUAUGCUAUCAUAUUGGUUCAAAGAGCAGACAAUAGGAUAAAAAGGGCAAAGAAACUUUUAGAAGACAAAAUUGCUAAAUUACAAGAUGUUACAAAACUAGUGAAAUCCACGCUGGGAAGGCUUAAUGAGGCAAGAAAUAAGACAAUCCAUUUUGAAAAGUUGGAAAAGCAAGCAAUUACUAAAUACGCUGAAUACUCAGAAAAAUUCGACGACGUUUUCCUGAGACAUGCGCAUCAAAUAGAACAGUUCAAGAACGCAACAAGAUGCAAUCUAAUAGAAUGCAAGCCAGAAUGUAAAAACGUCUGCGUUCCAGGCGUGUGUUGGGAGAGAGCAAAUGUUACAUACCAAAAACAAGACUGUUUUACUGUCAAUACGAUGGUCCCCAAAUUGUUUCCUACCGUGAUUUCCUACAUGGUUGAUUACAUGACCACUCCUACUAUAAGGAGAGACGUAGGCAAAUGCAAGUCAUUUGUUACUGCUUUUCUGGAAGGCACAAUUACAUCAGUAUUAAGUUUUAUUGGUCUGGGAAGAAAAAAACGAAGCCUUCAGGAAAACUUGUUCCUGUCGAAUAACGCCUCGAACGAUCAAUUUAUGAUCCCUGACUUCAAUGAAUACCUUAAAGCAGAGAACCCCAAGUUACCUAGUGACUUCGACAUUAACGUUGAGCUCAGAAAGCAAAUUCCAAAUCUGCCUAAAAACUUCAGUAUGAACAUGGCUCUUCGCCAGUAUAUCCUAAGGCGAAAUACAAUUGACGUGAAUAAAAUAUUGAAAGAGUAUUUCCCAGCACUUUCACCUGACUUUGACGUUAAUAAGAUUUUGGAUGAAGUCGUGCCAGAAUUUAAAAAAUCGUUCAACUUUGAUACUCUGUUAAGAGAUGUUGUUCUUGAAACUCAAAGACUGAAAAAGCCAAUUGACUUUGAAAAGGUGAUAAGGCAAGCAAUACCACAAAUGGGAAAGGAGGUCGACCUUGAUAGAUUUCUGAAAAUGCAUUCGCCGGUAUUAAGGUCAAUAGAAAAUAUCACAAAGCUUAUUCAAAAGAACUUAAACGACAUGACAUCUUUCAAGCUGAACACCGAAUUGCUGAAAACGUUCGAUAUCGCCAAGAUCAUCAAAAGUAAACUUCAUGGUACUGAUGAGCAGGUCAAACAGCUCCAAAACGUAGUUCUAAACCUUGUUCGGUCAUCAAACUUCAACAGUUUAAUUACAGAUGCUUUCAAAUCCAACUUUGCGAAUUUGGAUGAUAUUGAUUUGAAUCAAUUGAUUGGAAGUGUCAUGGGAGAAAACGACUUUGAUCUACACACAACUUUAAAGAAACAUUUUGCUGGAUUUGAAAGAGGCCUAAAUCUGGAAAGGCUAAUCAAAGCUGAACUACGACGUAUGAUAACAGUUGAUGUCAAUAGUUCAAGAUUAGGAGAGUUACGAUUUGAAAAUAUGAUAAGGAGUGUUUUGCCUAUGAUUAAAAAUUUCGACGUAAAUCGUAUUUUUGCGACAGCCUUUCCUAAUUUGGAGAGAAAGUUCGACGUGAAUGAAAUUCUCAAGAAUGCGAUUCCUGUCCUAAAAAUGUUUGGGGAUGUAGAUAUAAACAGUGUUAUCUCUGGUCUUUCUCCGAACUUGGCAAAUUUUGAUAUUGACAAAGAAAUGAAGACAAAAGUUCCUGCCUUGCGAGGAGGACCUGAAAUCGGCAGAUUAAUAAGCGAAAAGUUGAAAGACCAAUUUUCCCCUAAAAUUGAAAAGCUUCUUAACCUACUUCUUCCAGUUUCUCUUCCAAAUGUAACCGACAUUUUCAAGAGUAUCACUGGCGAAGAUGGUUUGAAUAAAAUCCAAAAGCUCGUAGAUGUAACCAGAAGGGUUGUUGGUGUCUUUAGUGGUACAAAUAUGACAGUGGAUGGUUUACUGAAAAACAUGCCAAAAGUAUUGGGAAAUCUUUUCCCCGAAAAGGUGAAAGAAAUAAGUGAGGACCUUUUUGGUGUAAUCAACGCUAUACCAAAUGGAUUAGGCUUCAGUAUGGCUAAGGGAUUUGUCAAUGCCAUUGCGAACUCUGGUUGCAAUCAUAAGUAUGUUGAAGAAUCUGGCAGUACUGAAGCGCUCAGGUAUGAGCAAAAAAUCCCAAUACUUGAUGCAAUAAACGUAGUAGUACGCGAAUGGCACUGCAGUAACUCCAGACCUGUUAGUAUAACUUCGAAUGGUUUCCACGAGCCAAAACAUUGUUGUAGAAAAGAUAUUAAGUGCGUAAAAAUACAGGAUCCAAAUUGUCUAUCUAAGAUCCAGACAUGCUUGAACGUAAGAAAGAUUUACUUCAAUAUAGAGCAAAGUCUACUCGGAGGAUAUUCUGCAGAACUAAAAGAUUUGCAAAGCGCAGAAGAAGAACUCAUUCGCAUUCAAUCAGAGCUUACUAAAGCCAAACUUUCAGAACAAACGGCAUUCCAAGCCCAUCAACCUGUCGAUGCUUCUCGAAAAAAACUUAUUGCCCAAGUUAAUACAAAAAAUAAUUCUCUGUCUAAAUUGAUAGCUAUUCCGGGAGUACGUUUAGGUCUCAAGAUUAAGACUAUUUUUGGGCAACCCUUUCGAAUAUCAUCCCUAUCUUUCCAUACAGUAACAUCAUCGCUGUCAAAGUCGCGCCUUCCUUUAAAAGGAACAGUAACAACUAAAGAUGGACCUGACUUAACAUUCAAGGUUAUCAUGGAUUUUAAGGAUGUUAGUUUAUCAAUAGAACAAGCUACAAAAUCAGUCAUUAAAAAACUUGCACAAUCCAUCGAAACAUCAAGAAAAAGAAGAUCGAUAUCAGCUAAUUUGGAGUUUUCAAAUGCCAUGAACGUAUCAGAGGUCUUGGAACAUGAUAAAUGUGUAAUGGCUCAAAACGCCAGCCACUUCUUUCGUGACAUACUAAUAUCGCUAAGACGUCUGUUAGAUUCUAAAUACACACACGAUCGUGAUAUAGCAAAGGAACUAAAUUCCCUUCACGAAUUCAGAGGACCCAGUGAGUCUUCAUCUUCUGAAGCCUUUUUGGUGAAUAGCUACAACGAGCUAAUAUCAUUAUACAAGGCCCAGCGACGCAAACUGGAAACGACGUCAUGGAACGAAAUCAUAAAUGAUUGGAAGAAUUUUGUCGAGAACAUGACAGAAAUCCGUCAUAUGAAAGAUUGCGCUGGUGCCAUUGACUGCGUUGAAGAAUUUGGCGAGGUACUAGACGAAAUGUACAAGCCUUUGAAAAGUAAUGCCCAAGCUAAAGAAAUACGAAGUGUCUUACUCAAGCUUGUUAAGGGUAUUAAGGAACUGCUAGAAGAAGACGUAUCGACAGAAGAGGCCAAAUCGAAAUUGCCUAACUUAUUGUUACUUCUAAGCAAAAUGAAUGAUUGGAAUAUCCUUUGUGGUGAGAAGCCCAAAAUGCUUUCGACUCAGCACCGAAAAAUCAAGCGCCUCAUAGGAGAAAGCAUUACGAUUCCAUGUAAUGUAAAAAGCCAGACAAAAGUGAUUUAUACAUGGAGAAAGGAUAAUACAAUCUUAAAGGUUUCUGACAAAAGUGAUGAUCUUGAAUUACGAUUACUGAAUGAAACCAGUCAAGGAUUGUACAGAUGUGAAGCUGCAAAUCACAAGGGAAGUACCUUCUCAGGAAUAACUGCGCUAGUCAUACAAAAAAAGCCAACAAUUGUCGAGCAUCCAACAGAUGUACAAGUUCCUUUGAACAAGCAGUCAGGGGUUACAUUCUCGUGUGUGGCCAGUGCAAAACCUUUGCAUCAGAGAGAUUUGCCAAAUAUUGCAUGGUUUUUUCAACCAUUCUUUUCUAAGUGGUAUGUGGAACUGACCAACGAGAACGGUAAUCUGUUGUACGUAGUUCCAGAUAAAGUAGAAAAAGGUGGAUACUACUAUUGUGAGGCAAGCAUACGUAAUGAAAGAAUGAAUUAUACAGCUGCAAGUAGAAAAGCAAGGCUAGAUGUGUUAAAAACCACACCAAGCAAUCCUAAAAUUGCUGUUAUCUUCAAUGCUACAAAUGGUUGUGUUAAGCUUAACACGAGCUGUAAGGUAGAAAACGUUUUGCAUAUUCCCACUCGAAUGGACAUAACUUUGAAGAAUCAUCUGAUAAACUUAGUAACUACAACAGUGGGUGUCCCGAUAAAAAGUAUUUCAAAUAUGAAAUACAUCCCGAUUUCAAAGUCUAUUGCAAGAAUAUUUUUCUAUGUCAGUGAUGAGAUUCGUUUCAAUCAAAACGACCAGGAAGCUGAUGAGAUAGUAGAGGUGUUUGCAGAUGCACGUCUGAAUCUUGUUCGAAAACUGAAAAGGUUGACGCAUGCUUUAAACGGAACGGUAUUGACGACAGCUAAUCCAAGAGCAUCCGUCAUUGGUCUUGCAAAUACCCUCGAGCUUUUUUAUGUGAGCCCAGAAUGUCCUCUUGGUCAGUACUUAGAUGACAAUGGAUAUAUGUGUGUCCAAUGUCCACCAGGAAAAUUUAAAGAAAACCUAGAAGGAGAAUGUAAGCCAUGUCCCAUUGGAACAUACCAGCCCAAACCAGGUCAAGUCACCUGUCUUAAAUGUGAUCAAGAUAAGACAACUUUGCAGAGAAGUACCAUUGAAGAAUCACAAUGCAUCGAGAAAGCGUAAAGAAAGACAACGCCAGGAAAAAGUUCAGUAACCGUAUAGAAACGACGAAAAUUAAAAUCAAAUUGUUUUGUAACAAGUUACUUUAUUAGCCAUUCCGAGGUGGAAGGAAAAAACUGGAGUUUACAUUGCAGGGUAUUGUGGGACUGUUUUAAGGGACGAAAUAGACGCCAUCUUGGAAAUAUGCCUUUAAAACAGCCCCAAAAUGCACUUCAAUGUCAACUCCAGUUUUUUCCUUCGACCUCGGAAUGGCUAAUCAUUAGGAUUUAUAACAUGUAAUGUUAAGAUAUAUGCUAUUACGUCAGAAAUUAUAUUUCCAUAGGUUUAGGUCUCAAACGUUGUCACUUCGCGACCGAAUGUUAACCAUUCUUAUAACCAAAUUAUGUAUAAUGUUUCUUUAGACCCCUUUCAUGUGACGUCAAAGCAAGGGGCGAGGGGUCUAUUGUAUCAUAAAGGUAUCGAGCGAGGGUGAUUUCUGUCACUCUUUAAAAAAAAAGAAAAGACAACGCCCUUAAGGGUAGGCUCUAACUAAUAUAUAGUUUUAUAUGUUUCCCUUUUUUUGGUUUGCAUACUUUAAAAGCCAAACUUUAUUUUGUUUAACGAAUAUCUUUUGUAGAAGCAUGAUAUAUAACGUUGGCACAAAUAAUAAAUGUAAAUUUAAAGAUUUUUGAAA